AUGCCCCCUCGACGAGGUCAGCCAUCACAGUCGCAGUCUCAGCGCCCCCGCGUGUCUGAGAGGCGGCAAGCGACCGAGAGCUCGGGCGAGGAAGACGACGACCGUCAGCAGGCAGCAGCUGGGAACGGUAACUCGGCGGAGCACAAGGCGCUCGGAGCGCAGAUAGUCCGUCUGGCCCUGUUCUCAGAGUACCGCCGCCAGCCGCUGCGUCGCGAGGUGAUCGUCAAGACUGUGAUGCCUAACAACCCGCGCGCAUUCCAGCCUGCGCUACAGGAGGCCCAGGCACUUCUACGCUCCACAUUCGGCAUGGAGCUGUACGAACUGCGUCCAAAGCGCAAGGGCGACGGGGAGGACGAGGCGACACAGGCGCAGACACAAGCGCAGACGCAGACGCAGCGGAGGAAGGGCAAGGGGCGGGCUCGGGAGGGCGAGGGGGAAGAGGACGAGGACGAGGUGGAUGAAGACGGCGCGCAGACACAAGGACAGACUCAGACGCAGUCGAGGAAGCGCACCAACAUGUGGAUCCUGCGGUCGACCCUCGCGCCAGGCCUGCUCGCGGGCAUGUCGAACCCCGAGCCUCUGCCGCUGCCCGAUGAGGUGGAUGAGCAGCAGACGGCCGAGCUACAGGAGGACUCUGGUGCGCUGCUCCGGUGGGAUAAGGGCGACGGCACGGGCGUGGGGCAUGUCGGCCUUCUCGGCGUGCGGACGGUCAUUCUCGCGCUCAUCCUGGUGCGGAACCGCAAGAUUGAAGACAACGAACUGCACGCGUACCUCCGCCGCCUGAAUCUCACGCGCGACACUGUGCUGCCCUACCACUCGGAAGACAGCAAGGAGCCGCCGCUCACGCUGGACAAGUACCUCGAGCUGCUGACCAAGCUCAACUACCUCGAGAAGGUGGGUUUGCAGAUGUUCAACCGCACCCGCUCACACACGCAGGUCGUCACGCGGAGCACAGCGGGCCCAGCUGAACCCUCGAAGAUCGAGUGGCGCUGGGGCAGCCGCGAGGCCGAGUUCUCUGAGAAGGCCGCGGCCGAGUUCAUCGUGGGCAUCGUGUUCGAGGGCGAAGAGAGCGACAGCGAAGACGAGGCGCCAGUGCGCGGCCGCCGCGCUGCAGCUGACGACGAGCCGAGGUUGACGAGGGAGCAGAAGCGCGCGAGGUUGCUGAAGAAUGUGGAGAAGGCGGCGGGUGAGCCGUUGGCAGGCUGGGGUCGCUAG